AUGGCACCUUCGAAACCAACAAAGGGAGCCCCCUCCAAGGGUGGAGCCAAGGGUGGCAAGUCCGCCUCCAAGUCUGGCGACCGCGUCAGACCGAAGAAGCCUACCGGCCCCAAGCCCAAGACUGUCGAGCAAAAGACAAAGUCGACAUCCCACGGUCCUCAGAAGAAGAAGAAGCGCGUCUACACCGACAAGGAGCUCAACAUCCCCACUCUCAACGGUAUUCGCCCUGCUGGAAUCCAGAAGCCCAAUGGUGUCAAGAAGGGCAAGACCUUUGUCGACGACAAGGAGUCUUUAAUGACCAUCCUCGCCAUGGUCCAGGCUGAGAAGGAGGGAAACAUUGAGAGCAAGAUGAUCCGCGCUCGUCAGAUGGAAGAGAUCCGUGAGGCCAGAAAGGCCGAGGCUGAGAAGAGAGAGGCUGGUCGCAAGGAGAAGCUGGAGGGAGUCAAGGAUGAUCUCCGCAGAAAGAAGAACAAGAAGGGCAGCAAGCCCGAGGCCGAUGAGACCGAGCCCGCUGCCGAGAAGCCCAAGAAGAAGAGAGUUGCAUUCGGUUGA